AUAGCUCUGACAUAAUUUUAGGAUGCCAGAGUCAUUGCAGGCAAGGGAGGUUCUGGGCGUGGCCGGCUGCGUGGUGUCCCUUUGGUGCGGCGCGCUGCUUGCGCUCCACCUGGCGUCAGCCGCCCAGGCCAAGCCUGGCGCCGAGGGCGGAUUUUGGGGCACGUUGCCCUCUGACUGGGAUCACCCGGAGCCCAACUAUGUGGUGAGCAACGUGGUGGGGGAGUUCUGGAGCGUGUUGACCACCAUCCCCGUGGCUGGUGCUCUUUUGCUCUACCAGAGCUUUCGCUUCCCUUACGGCCCCAAGGUCAUGCUGAUCUUUUGCCUCACUUGCUGUAUGUACUCCUUGGCCUUUACGGCCCAUCUCACCUUGCAGAUGCACAUCUUUUCCACCACCGUGAUCGCGGUGAUGAGCAAUGCGCUGCUCACCUUCGCCAUGUUCAGCCACGUGGUGCACCGCAGCUUGGGGAGCAAGAUCUUGCGUGGCGGCAUUGUCGCGGUGUCCGAGGCCAUCCUGGUGGGCACUGUGGCAACGUUGCCCUAUGCGAUUCAGCACGGGGGCGUUUGGACGCUCUUCGUGGUGCAGGCGCCGGGCGUCUUCCUGGCCACCUUCCUUGCCUCCAUCAUGGCCCGGAGGUCGGAGAAGCCUCAGGCGAGGAUGACCUAUGGCCUGGUCACCACCUCCGGGUGCCUCUUGAGCUCAGCCAUGGUGUUGUCCUUCGUGGAAUGCCUGGUGGGCUUCGAGUGGGGAUUCCUCGACAGCCUCUGGGGCUUCCCAUACCUUCACAUCGCCAUUCACAUGCUGGAGCAGGUGGGCAUCUACGUCUUCGGUGUGGGUGUCGCUGCGUUGGAGGCGCUCUUGCUGCGACCAGCAGACUUCAAGACCGCAGAGGUGAGGCACCUGGGGUGGCUGCCCUACUUCUUCUGCGAGGCCAAAGAGCGUCACGGAUCCGCUCGUCAGCCUCAAGCCAGGUAGCGUUGCUUCAGGCACGGCGCCUGAUGGCGCAGUGCUCAACGGCACGAGCAGAGCGCGUGAGGUGAAGAAGGUGGACGUCUCUUUGCGGAAGCGAACCCAGAGCCCGGGGGUGGCGAAGCUGGUGCCCACGAGUCACCGCGUGACGGCGACGGCUGAGCAGCGACAUUGACAGCACGAGAGUGGCCCCACUGAGAAUUGUUAGUCUGUG